AUGCGUCUCGACGUCAAGCGUCAGCUCUUCGCGCGCAGCGAGCGCGUGAAAGGCAUCGACUUCCACCCAACGGAACCGUGGAUCCUCACCACCCUCUACAGCGGCCAUGUGUACAUCUGGUCAUACGAGACACAGUCGAUUAUCAAGACCUUCGAGCUCACCGACGUCCCUGUGCGCGCCGGUCGCUUCAUCUCCCGAAAGAACUGGAUCGUCUGUGGCAGCGAUGACUUUCAGCUACGAGUCUACAACUACAACACUUCGGAGAAGAUCACCAGCUUCGAAGCACAUCCCGACUACAUCCGUGCCAUAGUCGUCCACCCGACGCAGCCAUUCGUCCUCACCGCCUCCGAUGACAUGACAAUUAAGCUGUGGGACUGGGAGAAAGGCUGGAAGAACGUGCAGACAUUUGAGGGUCACAACCACUAUGUGAUGGGACUUGCCAUCAACCCGAAAGACACCAACACCUUCGCGUCGGCAUGUCUGGACAGGACGGUCAAGAUCUGGAAUCUUGGGUCGAGUACACCCAACUUCACACUCGAAGCACACGAGACCAAGGGCGUGAACCACGUCGACUACUACCCACAGAGCGACAAGCCGUAUCUCCUCACGACCUCAGACGACCGAACUGUCAAGAUCUGGGACUACACAACCAAGGCACAAAUCGCAACACUUGAGGGCCACACAUCGAACGUCUCCUUCGCCUGCUACCACCCUGAACUACCAGUCAUCAUAUCUGGAUCUGAAGAUGGCACCGUCAAGAUCUGGCACGCAAAUACAUAUCGCCUCGAACAAUCGCUAUCAUACGGACUGGAACGAGCAUGGUGUGUCUCCUAUCAGCGCGGCAGACAAGGUAUUGCCAUGGGUUUCGACGAUGGUGCAGUAGUGGUCAAGAUGGGUCGCGAAGAGCCUGCAGUCUCCAUGGACAACUCCGGCAAGAUCAUCUGGGCACGACACUCUGAGAUCCUCACAUCCGUCAUCAAGGGUGGUGACAAAUCAGUUAAGGACGGUCAAGCCAUUACUCUUCCUUCAAAAGACCUUGGAUCCACCGAGCUGUACCCUCAGACACUGAUUCACUCGCCCAACGGUCGCUUCGUCGCGGUUUGCGGUGAUGGCGAAUACAUCAUCUACACUGCUCUUGCGCUGCGGAAUCAAGCCUUCGGCUCUGCACUGGACUUCGCCUGGGCUUCGAAGGAGAACGACAAGGAUUACGCCAUCCGGGAAUCACAGUAUUCGGUCAAGAUCUAUCGCAACUUCAAGCCGAAGUCUGGUGACGGCACAGUCAACGUUGGCUUCGCGGCCGAUGGUUUGAGCGGUGGUGUCUUGCUUGGUGUCAAGGGCCAGGGCGGCAUUGGCUUCUUCGACUGGGAGUCUGGCAAGCUUGUCCGUCGCAUCGAAGUUGAGCCACGCAACGUUUACUGGUCGGAGUCUGGAGAGCUGGUCUGUCUGGCAUGCGAAGACACAUACUACGUUCUGCGAUACUCGAGAGAGCAGUAUGUGGCUGCACUUCAAUCUGGCAACGUGGAUGAGGAUGGUGUUGAGGAGGCCUUCGAGGUUGUGUGCGACAUCAACGAGAGCGUGCGAACUGGUCAGUGGGUCGGCGACUGCUUCGUCUACACCAACUCAACGAACCGCCUCAACUACCUUGUCGGCGACCAGACCUACACCGUCAGCCACUUCGACCAGCCAUACUACGUCCUAGGAUACCUACCCAGAGACGGCAGAGUGUACGUCUGCGACAAGGAUGUUCAGGUCUCAUCCUUUGCACUUUCCGUCAGCGUCAUCGAGUACCAGACUCUCGUCCUCCGAGGCGAUCUUGACGCUGCGAUGGAGAUGCUUGAGCAAGGCGAGAUCCCGGAAGACCAGAAGAACAAGAUAGCACGAUUCCUGGAAGGUCAAGGCUACAAGGAGCAAGCUCUAGAAGUUGCAACGGACAGCGAGCACCGCUUCGAGCUUGCGCUUGGUCUCAAUGAGCUCAAGAUCGCACUCGAGCUGGCGCGCGAAGCCGAUGUCGAGCACAAGUGGAAGACGGUGGGCGACGCAGCACUUACUGGGUGGGACGUCAAGCUCGCCGAGGAAUGCUUCCGCAACGCGAACGACCUUGGGAGCUUACUACUGAUCUACACAUCAUCCUGCAAUCACGAAAGUCUACGCAUGCUAGCUGAAAAGGCGCAAACUGCCGGCCAGCACAACGUCGCUUUCACCUGCUACCACCAAUUGGGCGACAAGGAUGCAUGUCUCGAUAUUCUCCUCCAAACGAACCGACACGCAGAAGCAACACUCUUCGCACAGACAUACAAGCCUAGUCGAGCGCAAGACAUCGCGACGGCAUGGAAGGGUUCGUUGGAGAAGAGUGGUAAGGGUAAGGUGGCGCGGUUGCUAGGUGUUCCAGGCGAGGAUGAGGAGAUGUUCCCGGAGUGGGAGGAGUAUCUCCGCUUGGAGAGGGAAGGUGGUGCGCAUGGAGAUCUGAUUGAUAUCAACGGAGAUGCAGACCCUGUGGAGAAGGCCGCGCCCGUUGAGGCGGAUGGAGAGGAAGAAGAGGAGGCUGAGGAAGCCUCAUCGCAGACCGAGACAGAAGUAUAG